AUGAAGGUGGUCACGGCAGUUCUGCUGCUUGCAGAAGCAGUCAGCGCCUUCCCAUGGGUCCCUCAAGUGCCCGGCGUGGACUCGUCCAUGCUCGUUGAGCGCCAACAACCAGGAACUGGUCCAGGCUCCGAGGCAACAUGUCCCUUCAAUGCUAGACAUGUGAAUGCCGCGCCAAUCACUACCAGAUUCCCAUACAAUGGUGCUAUCAAUGGCACCAAGGGUAAAGAGAGAGGAGGAUUCCGAGUACCUGCAGUCGGCGACAAUGAUCAUCGCUACAUCGCACCAACUGCUACAGAUAUUCGUGGACCAUGCCCUGGCUUGAACACUGCUGCCAACCACAAUUUCUUGGCCCGAGAUGGCAUCACGACCUACAAGGAGCUUGUCGAUGCUCAACAGAAUGUCUACAACGUCGGAUACGACUUGGCCAACCUGCUGGCAUUUCUCGGACUUCAAGCUGAUGGCGAUCUCGUCACCCAGAAGCUGUCGAUCGGCUGUGAUGCCACUGGACGAACGUCGUUUAACCGUGUCUUGACUGGCAGCCAGCCAGGUCUGGUGGGGCAUAACAAAUUCGAAGGAGACACAAGUCUGACCAGAAAUGAUUUCUUCCUCGGCAAGGGAGACAACUUCAGAUUCAACACCACGCUCUUUGCAAGCAUGACGAGGACGACUGGCGCCAAUUAUAACCUGCAGGGUUUGGCCAAGUACCGCAAGCAACGCUGGGUUGAGUCUCAGAGAGACAAUCCCAACUUCUUCUUCGGUCCACUCUCGCUUCUCCUCUUCGGUGCCGCCUCAUUCCUCUACGAGCUCUUUCCAAAUGGCAACCGAGGCUAUCGACCAGACUUCGCAACUAUAACAUCCUUCUUCGUCCAAGAGAAGCUACCUGACAACUGGGUCAACCGCGUAGAGCCAUACGACAACAAUAGGGUGACACAGGAGAUCCUGAAAAUGUAUCUCCUCGCUCCGGUUGAGUUCGGAGGCAACACCGCUCCUGGUUCCUUCAAUGCGCUGCCCAGAAAUUUUGGAGCGAUUCGCAAUGGUAAAAUAUCUCCUUCGAUCACGCCAGCCGAGACGUCGUGCUUGCUGUAUCAGUUGGCCACUGGUCAAGUGCCGUCGACACUCAACAGUGUCGUUACUCCGACUGUCGAGGCAUUGGCGUUCUUCGCACAGUUUGUUGCACCGUCUUUUGGUAAUCUGGGCUGCCCGAAUCCUCUGACUUGA